AACAAGCUUGCCCAACCUUGCCAUGAACCUGAGGCUUAGCUCCCUGCAGCGAGGUCCUCCUCGCCUCCAAGAUGCUCGAAUAGGUUAGCCUGUCAAGGGAGGCGUAUCGGUUGCCUGCAUGCUUGGCCCCACUUUGCCUACUAUAUUGUGGGGGCUAUGCAGUCAACCAAUCGUUCAUCUUCCUGUGCCGCCCGCACACGAUGAGGCGUACUCGCUGCUCCUGCUGCUGUCGUCAAUCGGUGAGCAGAUAAGGCACUCUGGGGUACUUCAGCAAGUAAUAGAAAAAACAACCUGCCAAUGGGCAAUACAUCCCUUGACCAUGUCUUGCGGGUUUUCAUUGCGAAAAAUCUUUCAGAGUAGAAACAAAGAGGUUGUGUAUUUGUGUACGCAGAACCUCAGAGCGCGCUAUUACAAGCGUGAGAGGCUCGAACAGGUGCUUGACAGCUUGCCUGGGUUCAGAGGGAACUACAAACUUACGAUGAGAGAAGACGAGUGGAUUCUGGAGGGCCCCCGAGAGGUGACAGAUGUUGAACUUGAGUAUGCAUCUCCAUUGCCACAACGACACCCGGGUAAAAAGGCUAACUGAUGUCAGUCGUGCACUCGAAUGAUUGGAUCGCAUUGAGAAGGCAGACAAUGUGCUCGUGAAACCGGGGUGGCUGCGCACGAAUGCGCCUGACACACCAUGGGGCGCACAACUGUA